AUGAUCCAACUCGUAUUUCCGUUACUACCAUCUCCACCGUCGAUCUUUGAAUCUAUCGAUAACAUACCACAAAUCGAAUACGUCAUAGCUAUCAGCAAAAUAAUUCCACCGAAAAAUAUUAAAUUCGUCUCUAGAAUGUCAAACAACCGUUUUUGUGUUUAUUUCAAUGACAAAAACACUGUUGAUCUUCUAAUCAAAAAUCAUCCUAUUAUUAAACUAAAUGAUCUCACAUUUAUAAAAAUCAGACGAUUAGUAAACCCAACCAAAAGAAUUAUUAUCUCAAAUGUAUCACCUGCUAUUCCUAACGAUAAAAUUAUAGUUGAACUACAAAAUCGCAAUAUCCAACUCCUAUCACCGAUAACACACAUUAACGCUGGAUUCAACAUAAAAGAUUUAGCGCAUAUCUUAAGCUUUAGACGUCAAGUUUAUAUAAACCACGAUGAUUUUCAUAAAAUACCAGAAUCCUUACUGGGCAAGGCUGAAAACGAACUUCACAGAAUUUUUCUCACUGACGACACCCUCACUUGCUAUAAAUGCAAACUCACCGGACACACCUCAAAGCUGUGUAAAAAGUCUACACCAGAUCCUCCAAACGCUAUGUUAUAUGAAUCAUCAGACCUCAACAACACUACAAUCAACACAAACACCACAGAAGAGAAAUCAGGACAUAUCGAACCGUCAAUAGAUAUCCCUUCCGAAAACACAAAUGGUCCCAAUUCAAGCAUCUCUCCUCGACGACCCAAUAAUUAG